GGAUCUGGAGGCGGCGGAGGGAGACGUCAUUGCAGGGUUGUUUGUGCAGUCUCGGCGGCGGUGGUGACCCACAGUGAUUCGGCCGCUGCGCCGGGGGGUGGGGGGGCUGCGCGGGACUCUUUUCUUUCAGACUGACCGCGGGGCAGCUGGGGAGCAUGUCGACCCCGGCCCGGAGGAGGCUCAUGCGGGAUUUCAAGCGAUUGCAAGAGGACCCACCUGUGGGUGUCAGUGGUGCACCAUCUGAAAACAACAUCAUGCAGUGGAAUGCAGUUAUAUUUGGACCAGAAGGGACACCCUUUGAAGAUGUGUAUGCUGAUGGCAGCAUAUGUUUAGAUAUCCUUCAGAAUCGAUGGAGUCCAACAUAUGAUGUAUCUUCUAUCUUAACAUCAAUUCAGUCUCUGCUGGAUGAACCGAAUCCAAAUAGUCCAGCUAAUAGCCAGGCAGCACAGCUUUAUCAGGAAAACAAACGAGAAUAUGAAAAAAGAGUUUCGGCCAUUGUUGAACAAAGCUGGAAUGAUUCAUAAUAGACAACUGGUCUGUUAAUCUUUUUCAUCAUUGUUGUGUAUAAUUUACCUCCCAGUAGAAAGGCUAACAAAUUUUAAGUGCCACAGGUUUUAAGGAUUCUGCAGAAAAAAAGAAAAAAGUCCUUCAGUUUAGAACCUACAAAAGCUUGUGUAUCUUGAUUAAUGUACUUUUUAUUGCAUGGUGUGAACUAAGUUAUUGCUGCAUAAAUUUGUAAUAUAUCCUGUUUGUAUUUUUUUCCAAGUGUAUAAUGUUGGUGUGGAGUUUUCAUGACAGAAUAUACACAUUUUGUAAAUCUGUACUUUUUUCAAAUAUUGAAUGCCUUAUUUUUGAAUUCUUUAGAUUUUUAAAUUGGAGAAAAGCACUUAAAAGUUUUUUAUAUAUGAAUAUUACAUGUAAAGCUGUUAAAAUACAUAACUUCAGUGCAAGAGACUUUGUCACUUAUUUCCUUAUCUGUGUAGGAGGGGUUAAUAAGUCUCUAGCUCUCCAUCAAUUGAUAGUUUCAUUUCCAAUUUCAAAAGAACAUUUCUAUUUUAUCAAGAAACUCUUCAAAUUUGAUUCUAAAUACCAAUUAUAAUCUCCAACUUUAUUUUGAAUGUACCUAUAUUAGUUCCAGUUGAGUAAUUUUUAGAUUGGUUUGAUUGUGUCCAACUCUGUAUUUAGGCCACUUGUUACAGUUUCUUGCAUUACUUAUGUUAAACUGUAUACCUUCUGUGAUUUCACAAUUGGUCCUCUACCAUGAGCAGAGAACUGAUGCAGCUUUUUCUGCUACUUGGUAGCGCUUCAAAAGGUUUUUGACUAAUGAAGAAAGUAAAACCAUAAGCAUUAGCAUUUACCAAAAAUACAUGUCCCAGUAUUAGCAAUGAAUUAGUUGCAUUGAUUUGAGAAAGACAAGAUAUUUGGAAGGAAUCUUGGUGUAAUUUAAAUAUUUGAAAACUACCUUUUAAUGCAAUUGCCUAUCUGUUUAUUCUGGGAAAUGUUUAACACCAGGGCCUGCUGAGUUGCUUUCUCUUGUGGAGACUUUUUUCCUUUAAAAUCUCCUCUAAGUUGUAUAAAAGUUGUACUGCAUCUUAGUUUACUGGAUAAAUUUAAAACACAGUAUUGUAGAAAGCUAAUACAAAGCUAUCCUAUGCCUUCAAAUAGUAUAGAAAAUGGAAAAUAUACAAGUAAAUUCUGUUGAACCACCUGUGUAGUCUCUCUAGUAGUUAAAACAGCUAUUUCAGUGACCCCAAAGUUUUUUGUCAUGUCCAUACCAGUUUCGUAGAAAUAACCAAUAGCGACUUCUCUAUUGGAAGAUUGGGUUACAGGAUAGCAAUAUCUACAGCCUCUAUUCGUUAAGCAAAGUUUAACACUGGAAUGGAUAAGUGCUGAUGUUUUCCUUUAAAAGUUAUUGGCAAAUUUGGGAGUAAGUGUAUGGUCUUAGAGAACUUUGGUACAAAUGGGAAUUCACUCACUGGAAUCAUGGCCAAAAACAAGAGAUGCUUUAUUUAAAGGUACCCUAUGGUCUUUAUUAAUUGUGUAAUGCUUCUGUAGUUUAGCUGUAAAACAAAUUAUAGACCUUUACUCCAGUGAUUCCCAAUUAAAUGUUAUUGAAUAUUGCUUCAA